AUGUAUCAAGAUCAGCAAUCUGGUUCCCAGCGGUGGAAUUCGGCCGAGGGCGAAUCUCCGGACACCGACAGAGAAGCCCGGAGCACGAAAUCAGAUGAGUGGUCAGACAUCAAAGACCCAAGCGAGCGUAGGAAGAUUCAAAAUAAACUGGCGCAGCGAAGAUUCCGGGACAAAGUCAAGGAACAGAAAGAAGAGGCCGAACGCGAAGAGGAGAAUCGACGCCGCGCAGGAAGCUCAUACGCGUCUCCAGAGCCGGAGACCAUGGACAAUAACCAAACCCUUUCUGGGCUCCCUUGGGGAGGGAUAUCGAUGAAACACAUUGUCGAGACAGGGAAGAACAAAGAACAGAACUCGCAACAAAGUUCGCAGGACAACUCUGUGCAAGGAAGCUCUUCUCAUACGGGAGGAAGGCUUGGACUCCGCCUCACCGACCGUUUUGCCAGAGGGAACCCAGCUCUAAAACACUUCAGAUACUUCCCAUACCGCUACGCAGGGCAAGCACAACGAUAG